GCUAUUCUUUGUCUCAUGUUUAUACACCACACGAUGUCCGUACAGUGAUUGAAUAUGCCCGAUUACGAGGGAUUCGCAUCCUGCCAGAAUUUGAUAGCCCUGGACAUACGGCGUCUUGGGGAAAAGGCCAGAAGGACGUCCUGACUCCAUGUUACCAUGCCAGAGAGCCGUCUGGGACCUUUGGACCCAUAAACCCGAUUUUGAAUUCAACUUACAGCUUCCUGUCUCAGCUUUUCAAGGAAAUUAGUACUGUGUUUCCAGAUGAGUUCAUUCAUCUUGGAGGAGAUGAAGUAAAUUUUGGUUGUUGGGAGUCCAAUCUAGCAGUCCAGCAUUUCAUGAGGAACAAAGGCUUUGGCAAAAAAAUUGAGAAACUGGAAUCUUUCUAUAUGCAGAGGGUUUUGGAUAUGAUUUCAGCCAUGAACAAGAGAUCCAUAGUCUGGCAAGAGGUUUAUGAUGAUGAAGUCAAGCUUACACAAGGCACAGUAGUUCAAAUAUGGAAAAUGGGAAACCUUCGUAUGAAACUAAGUAAAGUUACAGCAGCUGGCUUCCCUGUGAUCAUUUCUGCUCCUUGGUACUUAGAUGUGAUCAGUUACGGACAAGACUGGAGACAUUACUACUCUGUGGAGCCUCUUAACUUUAAGGGUACUUGGGAACAGAAACAGCUUGUCAUUGGUGGAGAAGCCUGCCUGUGGGGAGAGUAUGUGGAUGCAACUAACCUUACUCCAAGAUUAUGGCCUCGGGCGAGUGCUGUUGGUGAGAGACUCUGGAGUCACCAAGAAGUCACAGACCUAGAUGAUGCCUACAGGAGACUAACAAGACACCGCUGCAGAAUGGUCAAACGAGGAAUAGCUGCACAACCUCUCUUUACUGGCUAUUGUGACCAUGAGGGCAGAAUGUAAAAACGAGCUGAAACAGAAGAAAAUAUGGGAAAAGAGCCCACAGUCAAUCCUUACUACAAUCAACCUGAUUUUAAAAAUCAUGUUUUUGAAUAAAAUAUCUUUUUAUUGAUUGAA